AUGGAGACACCCGGCUCCGUUCCUCUGCGGCAACUCCCGAGCUCAGACAAUCUCCACAACCAAGAGGCACCAGAAUACGCUGAACACGAUUCCUCAUCCGAUUAUUCCCCGCUACAUAAUGAGGAGCCUCCAUCAUAUAGCCAGGCGCAGUCAACGGGACAAAUUCCAAGACGAGAGCACACUACAUCCUUUCCUCGAUUAGCCUGGGUAUUUUUAUUCUCGAUUAUUUACGUGGCUCUCGUCCUUUAUACUUGGGCCAUGACGGCCAUACUAUCAACCCGCCCCCUCAAAUCCAACUCCUGGACGUACUCGACUGAAACUUUACACUACCUUUACUUUGAUAAGGAUGAAACAGAUUUCCAUCGAGAGGAAAAGAUCUAUCGUUCUGUGCGGACUAUUCAGACAUUUAUUCAAGUUGUUACUCUUCCCUGGAUCUCCACAGUGUGUACUAGUGCUGCUGUAAUCUUUAAGCAGAAUCGAAAGAAUUCUAUGGGCCGCCAAGCCACAACGUUGGCUGACCGCGAGUGGACGGACUUUUCUUUAUAUCGAGCACUGAUUUGUGGGAAAUGGAGGCAAUACGGCAGCAAACUGGUGGCUGCCGCAAUUUUUAUCUGGGUGUUUGGUCUCAUCACAUAUCCCAUCCAGUCGCUCUUUCUCAGUUCACGGUCUGUCAAAGUCCGGACAUAUCCCCAACAGAGAGCCGAUAUCUACGACUUCCGCUCGGUUGGUUCGUCUUCGGCAUCAUACAGUGUCGGCAAGGAUGUGUUGCAAGUCCGUGAUGCUCUAAAUAAGGCGAACACCAAUACAUACCAACCGAACUUGUGGAAUAACAAUAGUGGAGUGCAAUUCUUAACUCUUAACGAUAUGUCCUCUCAGACGUUCUAUUCCCAGCUACCGAGUGGUUUCAAUACGGGGCUGGUUCGUCAAUUCGCGCCACGUGUGAACUCCACAGCUACAUAUGAGAUCAUAGAAGCAUCUCAGUUUCCGGUCAACUGCGGCUCAAGCUCGGGGGCAUUUUAUGCCGAGUAUUCAGCUUCGUACUCCUGGUACAGUACGUUUUCUUGGGGAGUCAUCGCGUGCAUGCCAGGAAAUAUGACAGAAUCACCUUGGCGGACGGAACGUAAGCGGCAGGAGUUCUCUGAGGUUCUCUACCUCAAUAUGACGCAGGAUGAGUACCUCUCAGCGGAUUAUACUGGUCAAGCGGCUCUUUACCGAAUCACUGUGAACACUACGGCCGGGUUCUUUGAAUUGCCCAACUAUAUGAACCAGGGUGUACCUGGCCCCUUACUGGACAAGGAUCCGGUAGAUCUUUGUGAUCAACACUGUUUGAAACAAUUGCACACAUACUAUUCGGGGGGUUAUCACCGCCGCGAUGAGAGCACAGCGGGUAGUGCUCUCAAAGCUAUAUCGCUGGAUUCCAUCUCAGGGCAGAGAAAAGGACCCUUAUUAUCGAGCGCCAUAGCAACCUUCGGCCCUGGUUCUUUUAUUGACACAUUUAUGGCAAUUGCUUCAACUCUUGAAGAAGACAAGGGUGCAGAUGAGUCGUUGUCCAACUUGAGAUCUAUUUGCAUUACGAACCCCACACUCGCCAAUCUGUUAGGAAAUUCCUCUCCAGAGUGUAUGUCUAUUGACAGCUCUCCAAAUGGCACUUGGUACCCUGCCGGGUCACAGAUUGCGGGAUGGAUUUAUGGAUUCGAAAAUGCCGCGGAUUCGAUUCCGCGUGUCUUCACGGCUGCGGCGUUUCUUGCUAAUGAGGAAUUCCUUUCUGACCAGGGCGGUGGAUGGUAUAUCAACCAAGAUUUGGGCACCGAUAUGGAUCUUCCAUCAAUCUCUCGUGUGGGAAUCAUCGUAGUCUCGAUCUUGAUGGGACUUUACUUGCUACCACUGUUAGCUUUGUCACUCUACGCAGAUUGUUACUCACGAUGA